AUGAGCGAAAAACCGCAGAGAGUCAAAACUUGGUACAUCGAAGAAUCUGACCUUCUUACCGUUUCUUUAAAUCCCGAUUCAGAUGGAAUAAGGAUUGCAGUAGAAAAUGAGGGUGCUAAUACCGCUCGCCAUAUAUCUGUUUUUGAAUAUCACCCAUCGUCUGGCCGUUCAAAUGAAUGGAUUUGGAAUCAUUUUCAUGAAACUGAGAACGUGGUUGUCGACUUGAUCACAAUGUCUUGCAACUAUCUCCUUAUAGCAACAAGCGCCCAUGUUUGUGUCUGGGACUUCGUCAACGAUAAAGAAGCAAUGUGGACGUAUGAUCGCCUGGGAAUUAAAUCCAGAACUCUUUCAAACGUUAUGCUGGACACAGAAGAAAAUGUUGUUAUUCUCUUCACUUUUAACCGAGUCAUUUGCUGGAAAAUCUUACCACUCGGAAUGAAAGAGGCGGGUAUUUCUUCUGUCUGCCAUCACGACAAAAUGGAACUCGUCUUUGAUAUCAAUUUCGAGAAACCCCGAUUCCCUGGCAGAACACCGUUAGCAACGGACUUCAAACGAGUUGCCGACUGGUACAAAAUAACACCAUCGUCCAGAAUCUUUGACAUUCGGCUCAAUUUCAGGUCUAGAAGUGACACAAGAAAGUGGAUUUGGACAGGCUACCAAGUAGUUGAUACACCGGUACCUGGUCCUCAAUCGGAGACGAAUAGUUCUGGAACCCAUACCAACCUGCAGUCGAUAUAUAAAGUCGUUAGACUUGAGCAUUGGUCAACUCAUACCGAAUCUCAGGGUGUUCUUAGCUCAAUUGAACAUAUCGAUGACGAUGACGACUCGGAUGGCGAUGACAAUGACAAUGAGGGUGAAGGUGACUCGGUACAUCAAUAUGGAAGUUAUGUGGACGUUACACGAUUCGGCCUUGAAGGCGACGAAGAAAGAUACAACUCAGGUGAUGAUGGCAAUCGCCCUACAAUCUUGGAUGGUGGGGAGGAAUAUGACGACGCGAUUGAGAACGACGAUGAAGUGCAGCCCGACACUGAAAAUGACGAUAGAUACUACAGCAGCGGCAGUGAGGACUUCUUCUUUGAGUUCGGAGAAGGAAGUAACGAAUAUCGAAAAUGCGACGACUACUUAGACUCACCUCAAGAUACGAACCAUGCGACUACCUACCACAUCCGAUCCCUCGGUUUCGAGAGAGAAAAAACUUGA